AUGGCAGGCCCAGCAGCUGUAACAGCGUCCGAAGGCCCAGCAGCGCACCUCCUUUACCAAGGAAAAUGGUGGAACCACAGUGGCAUUCUCGCCCUCAACUUGCUGCUCGUUUUCAUCCUGUUGACGUCUAGCACCAACGGUUUCGAUGGUUCCAUGAUGAACGGUCUCCAGGCUGUUCCUCACUGGGUUUCGUUCUUUGGAAAACCCCAGGGAGCUACCCUUGGUUUGUACAAUGCUAUUCAAAACAUCGGGUCCCUCGCUGCCAUCCCAUUCGCACCUUAUGUUGCCGAUCACUUUGGCCGUCGCACUGGUAUCAUCUUGGGAUGCCUCUGCAUGUUCCUUGCUACUGGUCUUCAGGCAGGUGCUCAAAACAACGCCAUGUUUAUUGCUGGACGUGGCUUGGUCGGAUUCGGUGUCUCAUUUGCCCAUCUUGCCUCUGCGCUGCUCAUCGUUGAGCUCGCUUAUCCUAGCCAACGCGCUAAGCUAUCCUCCCUCUAUAACACCAUGUGGUUCACCGGCUCGAUCAUUGCCGCGGCUACUACCCUUGGCACUUUCCGAAUCGACGGUGCUGCUUCUUGGCGCAUUCCAUCGGCAAUGAUGGGUCUCGUCCCAGUCCUUCAAAUGAUUAUAAUCUGGUUCUUGCCCGAGUCUCCUCGUUGGUUGAUCGCUCAUGGUCGCGAGGAGGAGGCUGUCCGCGUUCUCGCCAAGUACCAUGCUAUUAACCGUGGGGAUUUGAACGAUGAGCUCGUUCAGUUUGAACGCGAGGAAAUUAAGGAGGCUCUCCGUCUCGAGGCUGAAGCUGCCAAGAGCACUAGCUAUCUCUCUCUCCUCCGCACCCCAGGAAACCGCCGCCGUCUUCGUAUCGUUGUCGCCAUUGCCUUCUUCUCUCAGUGGUCUGGUAACGGUAUUGCAUCGUACUACUUGGACAUUGUCUUGGGCAAAUUGGAAUCGGUGUUGAGGACAAGGCUCAGGUUCAGUACUUCAACUUGGGAAUGGCCAUUUACUCCUGUGAUCAUCAUUGCUACUACCGCUUCGCUUUUCGUCGAGAAGAUUGGUCGUCGCAAGUUGUUCUUGACCUCGAACGCUGGCAUGCUCUUCGCCUACGUUCUCUGGACGACCGGUGCUGGUGUCAACGCCAACAACACAUCGAACAGGAAUGCCGCCAACCUUGUCAUGGCCUCCAUCUUCAUUUUCAACGGCUUCUACGCAAUCGCAUACACUCCUCUUCUCGUAUCAUACACCGUCGAGAUCACUCCUUUCCAGAUUCGUGCCAAGAUGUUCGCAAUCAUGAACGUCUCCGUCACUGCCUCCUCAUUUUCAACCAGUAAAUACGUCAACCCUGUCGCUCAGGAUGCGAUCAAGUGGAAGUACUACAUCGUCUAUGUUGUCUGGCUCUGCUUCGAACUUGGCUUCAUCUGGAUGUACCUUGUUGAGACCAAGGGUCGCUCCCUCGAAGAGACUGCUGCUCUGUUCGACGGCGAGGAUGCGCUCAAGGAGCUCGAGAACCGUGCCGCCCACGACCUUGCUGCGCCUGGCACUCCAUCUGACGAGAAGUUCGACGGGAAGGUCUAA